AUGAAACGGUUUUAUCAGGAUCACGUUCCUGACGGCGACUUGAAAAACAAGCAACUCAAGCAAAUUAUCUCUACAAUCAAGAAAGUUGGUAACAAGGACAUACCGCACUAUACAAAGCACAGCAGUGGAAUAUUCUAUAGUUCCAACCCGGAUUUUGAUAGAAAGCUAGAUGAAUCACAUGAUCUGUUGGGAGUUGACAAUGGUGUAUACGAUUUCAAAACAAGGACCUUUCGCGCAGGUCGACCUGACGACUUUAUCUCAAAAAGUGUGGGGUAUCCAUAUAUCGAGGAAGGGACCGAGGAACAUGAAAAGAAGGUUAUGGACCUAUUUCGCGACAUCCAACCCGAGCCAAAGGAAUGCCACUACCUUCUGCUAUUUCUGUCGCUGAUGGUUCAUGGUUCAAAUCCCGAAGAGAUAUUUACCGUUUUCACGGGCACGACGCGGAACGGCAAGUCUCUUUUGUCGGAUUUGAUUAUACUCACCCUGGGGGAUUACUACGCGACUGUUUCUAGCACAUUGCUUACAGGAGAGCAGCCUGCAAGUUCAUCGCCGCAAGCAGAUAUCGUUGCUCUCAAGGGGUGCAGAGUGGUUGUUGCAUCUGAACCUGAAAAGGGACGUGCCAUUAACUCGGGAUUUAUGAAGUGGAUUACUGGUAAUGACGAAGUGGUAUGUCGUCCAUUGAAUAGCAAUACUAUCAUUCGAUACAAUCCUCAGUUCAAAGUGGUUAUGUUGUGCAACAAGAUUCCCACUAUGGAUUCCAACGAUGAAGCAGUCUGGGCUCGCAGUCGUAUAGUCGAAUUUCCUACCAGAUUUGUCGAUCAACCAAUUCAAUCUCACGAACGUCAGAUCAAUAAAACCCUUAAAGUUGAUAUCAAAAGCAUCGAGUGGCGUCAGGCAUUCAUCAAAAUACUGAUCAAAUAUCACGAAGAGUAUCCAAAAGAGGGUCUUGUUGCAACCGAGAAAGUUCUCCAAAAGACGGCCGAAUAUAAGGAAAAGUCUAGCAUUGUUCUGCAGUUUGUAAACGAGGAGAUUGAGGAUGCAGUCAAGGGUCAAAACUUAACAUACGUGUCAAUCUACCAACGGUUUUGUGACUGGCAUUCGAUUCAUGAUGGAGGACGAUGUCCUGACUCAAAGUUUGUCAAGGAUGAACUGGCCUCAUUAGGAUGGGAUCUCAAGAAAGUCAAAGUUAACCUUUCGAGCCUAGUCGGCAUUGCAGGUAAGAAAUACAAGAAUGUUUAA